CCUGCGUGGGGGGCAGGGGGCUACCCCAAGACCCAGCCCUGCUCUCUGGGGGUUGUCCGCACUGAAGAGACCGUGUCACCAAUAGUGUCUGUCCCCCGGGGCAGCUGGCAUCCAAGGAAACAGCUCUGUGCCCUGGGGACGAAAAUAGCUGCCUUCCUGGAGUUCUGCCUCUGAUGGACCCAGACAAGAAACGAGAGAAACACGCGAAAUAGAAACCGGUAGUGCGCUGGGUGGUGAUGCGUGCUGCGGAGAAAAAUAAAGCAGGGGAGGGGAGCGCGAGUCUGCGGAGCGGGUGGGAUUUGUCAGUGAGGGUGGACAGGGACGGUCCCUGAGGGUAACAGGUAGGUCCUAUCGUGAAUCGCAUCCCCGCCCCCCACCGGCCCCCAGUUUUCCUCGCCUGAAGCGACUCAGAGAACUGACUCAGGUUCUCGGGGGACCCGGGGCCGGCCACUGGCCGCCACCCUCACUCACACGCGGACGGCGGGAGGGGCUGCGGGCCCGGCAGGUGCGGCGCGCAGGUGCGCCGGCCCCGCCCCCCAGGUGCGGCGUCAGGGGGCGGGGCUACUUCCGGGGCGGUGGCCGGACGUGGAGGGGGUGGGUGGGCGUGGCGGCCGUUGACCCGGUGACCGCGGCGCCGCCCGAGGCCGGAGGGGGCUCCCCGCUCGCCCCGCGUCCCGCGCCCCCCUCCCGGCCCAUGGCCGUGACCCCGCGCCCGCCCCGCGCCCAGCUCCGCCCCCCGCCCGCCCGGGACUGACGGAGCCGGGCAGCCAUGAGCGCCAACCCCCAGUGGGACGUCAGCAGGGCUCUGGGGGUGGCCAGGCUCUUCCACCUGGUGUGCGGGGUCCGGGACGCCUGCGUGACUCCGUUCCUGACCCUCUACCUGAGGCAGCUGGGCCUGGCCGCGCCCUGGGUGGGCAUCCUGAUGGGGACCAAGCACCUGAUCGCAGCCUUCUGGGGUCCCUUCUGUGCCUUCCUGGCCAAAAGCUACCAGAAGAGGAGGGUGCUUCUGAUGGGCUCGCUGCUCGGCUCGGUGGGGGCCAGCCUGCUGCUGGUCCUGGUGCCGCCGCUGGACAAAGAUCUGCGGUCGGGUUCCUGUAACGCCAGCGACGGCGCCACCCCCACCGCGCCGCCACCGGGGGCCGCGCUGACCGGGACCUUCGCCUCGAACCAGCCGCCGGGGGCGCCCAGCCCCGCAUCCAAGAGCAGUCCUGGGACCGUGGAGGCCUCUGGCGUGGGGAAAGGACCCGCGGGAAGUGUCCACGAGCCGUCCGGUCGUCCUCCUGGCCACGCCGUGGGCUCCGUGGAGGGAGCGAGGACCACGUCCCUAGCUGUCCAUCCUGUCACUUCGGGGGUGAAAGCUCCCUCUCGGGAAGGGGCUUUUAAGGUGGGCGGGACCGCCCUCCCUUUGCUUGCUGGAGGUGCAGCGCUGGGAAGCCCAGCCAACUGGUCGGCAGCCGAGGGCCACGCCCGGGCCCUUGGCCUGUCCUCGGAAGGGCUGCGGUGGACCUUCUUCCUCUCCCUGGGGUCCAUGGUGUUCUGGGAGCUGCUGACGGCCCCUCUGGAGCGGGUGGCAGACGACAGCCUUUACGAGUACCUGGAUUGUGUGGACGCCACGGACCGCUACAGAAGCCUGUGGAUCUGGAGGCUGCUGGGCCUGUCCACGGGGGCCUGUGGCAUCGCAGCCUUGGUGGGACGGCUGGACUGCUCCCUGGUGACAAAUGGCCCCCGGGGUGUGUUGCACUUUUAUGGCUACUCACUGGUCGGCACGCUGGCUUUACUGGUGAGCAUCGCCUUUCCCGUCCCCACGUGCAGGCGGCGGGAGCCCAGCUACCAAACAGUCAAGGCGCUGUCUCUGGUGGCCGGCGACCCCCGCCUCACCCUCCUGGCCCUCACUGUCUUCCUGAUAGGAGCCGCCACCAGCACGGUACAGAACUUUCUGUUCUGGCACAUGAAGGACCACGGGAGCGGCGAGCUGGUCAUGGGUUUCUCGGUGGCGCUGGGCUGGCUGGGGGAGAUUGUGGUCCAUCCGUUCAGAGCGACAGUGCUUAGGAAACUGACCAGGGUGGGCACCGUGGGGCUAGGGCUGGGCUGUCUGGCCGGGCAGCUACUCUACUACGCCUUCCUCUGGAACUGGUGGUCCGUCCUCCCCGCUCAGACCUUGAGCGCCAUCAGCAGUGGGGCUCUGGGCUGGGCGGUGAAGGCCUCGGUCGAGCACCUGGCCUCUCCGGGAAUGGAGAGGCCCCUGAGUGCCAUGUUCCAAGGCCACUUGUACGGGGGAGGGUCCAGCCUGGGCAGCUUUGCGGGGGGCUUCGUGGUGAUGUCCUUCAGCCUGUCUUUUCUGUACCAGGCCUGCUGCGUGGGCCUGUUGCUCUGGCUGGCCCUGUUCCUGUCCGUCCAGCGGACACUGCCCCAAGAGCAGAGAAUCAACUAUUCGAAACUGCUGGUCGUGGAGGCCAGCGACACGAGCGACUCUGAGCAGGGGACGGAACGGGACUGGCUCGUGAAGGCCAUGAGGGAGGAGCAUUCAGGCUAGGAGGACUGAGAGGCAGGUCACGAUGCCCUGAUCGGGGAAGGUGCCCAAGGCUGGGGGGCGGGGGGGGGGGGGGUGGACAAAACUCACCUGCCGAGGACAAGGUCCUGGGGCUGCAGGGCGCCUGGAGAGAGAAAACGAGUGUGUGUGCAGAAGUCCCACGGGAUCACCUCGAUGCAUGAUUCUCUUUACUUUUGUGGUAAGGGGAGAUUUAACUUUUGGCCGUUCAAUCUUUUUUUUUUAAUAAUGGAGGAAGAAUACAUUUGCUAAAAAAAAAAAAAAAAAAAACACACACACACAAAA